AUGAGGCGAAAAGGACGUUGGCAUAGGGUCUCUGCACCCAGGACGUCUACCUCUCCCUGUAGUAUUAAGCAUUCUCCUACUCGAGAGACAUUGACUUAUGCCCAGGCACAGAGAAUGGUUGAAAUUGAAAUAGAAGGUCGUUUGCACAGAAUAAGUAUUUUUGAUCCUCUCGACAUUAUUUCUGAAGAUGAUCCUACUGCUCAAGAAAUGAGUGAAUGCAAUAGCAAUAAAGAAAAUAGUGAGCAGCCACCCCAGGUUUGUUUACGGUCUAAAAGACAGAAAACCAGUAAAGGAAAAAAGAAAAGUGAAGUUCUUCCAACCACGCACGGACAUGCUUCCACCAGCACUCUUCCAGAGCCCAAAGUACGUGUCAUAGAAUGUAGUCCUCCUUCUGCUCCCAGUAGGCCUGCUACAUAUUACAAAUUUCAUGAAAAGUCUUCAGAGGAGCUGGAUAAAGAAGUGGAGUACGAUAUGGAUGAAGAGGAUUAUGCUUGGCUGGAAAUAGUAAAUGAGAAACGAAAAAGUGAAGGACUUUCUGUAGUGUCUCAAGACAUAUUUGAAUUCCUUAUGGACAGGUUUGAGAAGGAAUCUUAUUGUGAAAACCAAAAGCAGGGGGAUCAGCAGUCAUUAAUUGAUGAGGAUGCUGUAUGUUGCAUUUGCAUGGAUGGAGAAUGUCAGAACAGUAAUGUUAUUUUGUUUUGUGACAUGUGUAAUUUAGCAGUACAUCAAGAGUGUUAUGGUGUGCCAUACAUACCAGAAGGACAGUGGCUCUGCAGGCAUUGCCUCCAGUCACGUAGCACGGCUAUUGACUGCGUGUUGUGCCCAAAUAAGGGAGGUGCCUUUAAAAAGACUGAUGAUGAUCGCUGGGGACAUGUAGUUUGUGCUUUGUGGAUCCCUGAAGUUGGAUUUGCAAAUACUAUUUUUAUUGAACCAAUUGAUGGUGUACGUAACAUACCCCCAGCGAGAUGGAAAUUAACUUGCUACCUCUGCAAGCAAAAAGGUGUUGGUGCCUGCAUUCAGUGCCAUAAGGCUAACUGUUAUACAGCUUUUCAUGUAACUUGUGCUCAAAAGGCUGGAUUGUACAUGAAAAUGGAGCCCGUGAAAGAAGUGACGGACAGUGGCACAACGUUUUCUGUAAAAAAGACAGCAUAUUGUGAUGCCCAUACUCCCUCAGGGUGUGUCAGAAGGCCUCUAAACAUAUAUGAGCUGCCAGAGUCUAAAAAUGGCAUUUGUAGAAAAGGGACUGAUAAAUCAGCUAGGUCUACAUCUAAGGUUAGGAAAAAAGCAAAGAAAACAAAAAAAGCGUUGACUGAAACGUGUACAGUUAUACCAACAGUCAAUGUUCCUGAUAUUCCACCUCAAAGAAUAAACAAAAUAUCAAACCAGGUGUCUAUUCAGCGGAAGAAGCAAUUCAUGGAGAGAGUGCAUAGUUAUUGGCUUCUGAAGCGACUGUCAAGAAAUGGCAUUCCUUUACUGAGACGGCUUCAGUCUAGUUUGCAGUCCCAGAAAAACAUUCAGCAGGUGAGGAGAGAAGAUGAUGAAGAAGUUCAGAACUUGAAAAAGAAAUUAAAAUACUGGCAACGGUUAAGACAUGACCUUGAGAGAGCUAGAUUAUUAAUUGAACUUAUCCGAAAACGGGAAAAGUUAAAACGUGAACAGGUUAAGGUUGAGCAGGUUGCUAUGGAGCUUCAACUAACGCCAUUGACAGUAAUCCUGCGAACACUUCUUGAACAACUGCAGGAAAAGGAUCCUGCCCAUAUAUUUUCUCAACCUGUGAAUCUUUCUGAGGUUCCUGAUUACUUGGACCACAUAAAACAUCCCAUGGAUUUCUCUACAAUGAAGAAACAGUUAGAAGAUCAGAGAUACAGUAAUUUAAAUGAAUUUGAAGAGGACUUCAAUCUUAUAAUUGAAAACUGUAUGAAGUACAAUGCCAAGGACACAAUGUUUUACAGAGCUGCUGUUCGGUUGCGAGAUCAGGGAGGAGCAUUAUUAAGGCAAGCAAGGCGUGAUGCUAAUGCUAUUGGCUUUGAUGAAGAAACAGGGAUGCAUUUACCAGAGCAACCAAAAACUGAACCUCCCCCACAAUUUUCCUGGGAGGAUGCUGCAGUUGAUAAGCUGCUGAAUCCUAAUAACCGUGCACAUAUGCCCUUGGAAGAACAACUAAAAGAACUGUUGGAAAAACUAGAUUUGACUUUUGCAAUGAAAUCAAGUGGAUCCAGGAGUAAACGGUUAAAAUUGCUGAAAAGAGAAGUUAGCAAUGUUCGUCAACUGUUGUUACAACAGCAAGUGCAACCUCCACAAAUAGAAUCUGGUAUUGGAAGCUUUGAAGAGGAAAAUGGGUCCACAGUUGAAAAUGAUGGCGAAGAAGAUGGUAAGAUACCUUUUUUGUUUACAUAUUUUUUUAUAGUUCAAAGUGGACCUAUCCUCAGAUAUAUAUAA